GGUAGGCCCGCAGGCAGCCCCCGCGGGACCCGUUCCCGCUGCCAGCCACCGGGACGUUCAUGCCCCGGCUAUACGCGUCAGGCACGCCGAGACCCGGCGGGGCAGGGCAACUCGGCCUCCCCUCCCUCCCGGCGGUGGUUCUUCCGCCGGCAGCUCCCUCCCACCGCUUUCCUCUUCCGGAGACAGCACGCUGCGGGCCGAGCUGGCCUCGGCGGCGGGGCGCCAGGUGAGCCAUGUCUUUCCAUUCUGGGCGAGGAUGUCCCCGUGGUCAGGGAGGACCAGGAGCAAGAACUUCAGCACAGACCUACCGCCCUCAAAACCUACGGCAGCUUCACCCUCAGCAGCCCUCUGUACAAUACCAGUAUGACCAGCAAACUGCCCCACCAACAGCCUACUCAAACCCACCAGCCACUGGUUACAUGCCUCCCAGGACGGACUUUGUGCCCUACCCUCCUCCAGUGCCCCCUUCCACACAAAACCCCAUCAGCCAGUGUCCCAUGAGGCCACCUUUUCCGAAUCACCAGAUGAGGCAGAACUUCCCAGUGCCUCCGUGCUUCCCUCCUGCUCCUCCACCAGUGCCAAAUCCUAGCAGCACUCCUGUGCCAGGGACUCCUGCCGGGCAAAGCACCUUUCCUUACAUGAUGCCUCCUCCCACAGUACCUCAUCCUCCCCCCCCACCAGUCAUACCACAGCAAGUCAGCUACCAGCCUGUGUACUCCACAGGGUAUUCACAGCAGUCCUUCCCACCACCGAGCUUCAACAGCUAUCAGCACAGCUCCAGCUCCUUCCAGAGCAGCACUGCCAACAGCAGUGGUGCCAGCAGCCAUUUUCGGCACACGGGUCAGUACCAGGGAGAGAAGUCGCAAAGUGAUCGACGUUCCCCAGACAGGAGCAAGCACUAUGAGGAGCACCGACAUCGUGAGCAUGGUCACAUCCACAGUGACAGGCAUCGCUCCACCAACCACAGCGACCGUCGGGAGCGAGGACGGAGUCCGGACAGGAGGAGGCAGGAAAGCAGUCGGCAUCGGACAGAUUAUGACAGAGGAAGGAUAUCGCCUCAUCACAGAAGUUACGAGCGUAACAGGGAGCGGGAACGGGAGAGGCAUAGGCACCGUGAAAGCAGACGAUCACCAUCCCCAGACAGAUCCUACAAAAAAGAUUACAAGAGAGCAGGAAGCCGGUCUCCCAGCAGAGAGCGAAAGAGACCCCGAUGGGAGGAGGACAGAGAAAAGUGGUCUGACAACCAGAGCUCCAGCAAAGAGAAAAGUUAUACCACUAUUAAAGACAAGGAGUCAGAGGAGAAUGCAUCUGAAAAAAAUGAAGAGGAAGAUGAGGAGUUACUUAAACCAGUCUGGGUUCGUUGUACCCACUCUGAAAGCUAUUAUUCCAAUGACCCUAUGGAUCAAGUGGGAGAUUCUACUGUGGUAGGAACAAGCAAGCUCCGAGAUCUGUAUGAGAAGUUUGAUGAGGAGUUAGCAAAGCGACAGGCAAAGGCCAAAGCAGCCAGACCACCCUGGGAGCCACCAAAGACCAAACUGGAUGAAGAUUUAGAGAGCUCCAGUGAGUCAGACUGUGACUCUGAAGAUGACAGCAGCUGCUCCAGCAGCUCAGAUUCGGAAGUUUUUGACGUCAUUGCAGAAAUUAAGCGUAAAAAAGCACAUCCUGAUCGUCUCCAUGAAGAACUGUGGUACAAUGAUCCAGGGCAGAUGAAUGAUGGACCUUUGUGCAAGUGCAGUGCUAAAGCCCGACGAACGGGAAUAAGACAUGGCAUUUAUCCUGGUGAAGAGCCCAUUAAACCAUGUCGCCCCAUGACCAACAAUGCUGGAAGGCUUUACCACUAUCGAAUUACUGUGUCACCUCCCACAAAUUUCUUAACAGAUAGACCUACUGUUAUUGAGUAUGAUGACCAUGAAUAUAUCUUUGAAGGGUUCUCAAUGUUUUCACAUGCCCCACUUACAAAUAUUCCUCUGUGUAAAGUAAUCAGAUUUAACAUUGACUAUACGAUUCAUUUCAUUGAGGAAAUGAUGCCUGAGAAUUUUUGUGUGAGAGGGCUUGAGCUGUUCUCUUCAUAUCUAUUCAAAGAUAUUUUGGAGCUCUAUGACUGGAAUCUUAAUGGUCCUCUUGAAAAUGAUUCAGUUUCCUGCCCCAGAUUCCACUUCAUGCCACGAUUUGUGAGGUUUCUUCCAGAUGGAGGAAAAGAAGUGCUCUCAAUGCAUCAGAUUCUUCUCUACUUGUUACGAUGCAGUAAAGCUCUGGUGCCUGAAGAGGAGAUUGCCAACAUGCUUCAGUGGGAAGAACUGGAAUGGCAGAAAUAUGCAGAAGAAUGCAAAGGGAUGAUUGUUACCAGCCCUGGCAUGAAACCGAGCUCAGUUCGUAUUGAUCAACUGGACCGUGAACAGUUCAAUCCUGAUGUAAUUACUUUCCCCAUUAUUGUCCACUUUGGGAUACGACCUGCUCAGCUCAGUUAUGCUGGAGAUCCACAAUACCAAAAGUUGUGGAAGAGUUACGUGAAGCUGCGUCACCUCCUGGCCAAUAGCCCCAAAGUCAAACAGGCUGAUAAACAGAAAUUAUCACAAAGAGAGGAAGCCCUGCAGAAAAUUCGUCAGAAGAACACCAUGAGACGUGAAGUGACUGUGGAGUUGAGUAGCCAGGGAUUCUGGAAAACAGGGAUACGCUCUGAUGUCUGCCAGCACGCAAUGAUGCUUCCUGUCCUCACCCACCAUGUCCGCUACCAUCAGUGUCUGAUGCAUUUGGACAAACUGAUAGGCUACACUUUCAGAGAUAGGUGCUUGCUGCAGCUUGCAAUGACUCAUCCAAGCCAUCACUUAAACUUUGGAAUGAAUCCAGAUCAUGCCAGAAAUUCCUUAUCCAACUGUGGGAUUCGACAGCCAAAGUAUGGAGAUAGAAAAGUUCAUCAUAUGCACAUGAGAAAAAAAGGAAUAAACACCCUGAUAAAUAUUAUGUCCCGUUUGGGACAGGAUGAUCCAGCUCCUUCCAGGAUUAACCACAAUGAGCGUUUAGAAUUUCUGGGAGAUGCUGUGGUGGAGUUCUUAACAAGUGUUCACUUGUACUACUUGUUUCCCACCCUGGAGGAAGGAGGGUUGGCUACGUAUCGCACUGCCAUUGUACAGAACCAACACCUGGCCAUGUUGGCUAAGAAGCUGGAACUGGAUCGAUUUAUGCUUUAUGCUCAUGGUCCAGACCUUUGCAGGGAAUCGGAUCUCCGCCAUGCUAUGGCCAACUGCUUUGAAGCCCUAAUAGGAGCUGUUUAUCUAGAGGGGAGCCUAGAAGAAGCAAAACAAUUAUUUGGGCGUUUACUCUUCAAUGACAAGGACCUGCGGGAUGUAUGGCUUAAUUAUCCACUACACCCACUCCAACUGCAGGAGUCCAAUACUGACAGGCAACUCAUCGAGACCUCUCCAGUUCUUCAAAAGCUUACAGAGUUUGAGGAGGCAAUUGGAGUCAUCUUUACUCAUGUUCGGCUUCUAGCACGUGCAUUCACUCUGAGGACAGUGGGCUUUAACCAUCUGACUCUGGGCCACAACCAGAGGAUGGAAUUCCUGGGUGACUCCAUAAUGCAGUUGGUAGCCACAGAGUAUUUAUUCAUACAUUUCCCUGAUCAUCAUGAAGGGCACUUAACGCUGUUGAGAAGUUCUUUGGUGAACAACAGAACACAGGCCAAGGUGGCAGAAGAACUGGGUAUGCAAGAAUUUGCCAUCACUAAUGACAAGACAAAAAGACCUGUAGCUCUUCGAACUAAGACUUUGGCUGAUCUCUUAGAAUCCUUUAUUGCUGCCCUAUACAUUGACAAGGAUUUGGAAUAUGUCCACACUUUCAUGAAUGUAUGCUUUUUUCCAAGGUUAAAGGAGUUUAUUUUAAAUCAAGAUUGGAACGAUCCUAAAUCUCAGCUUCAGCAGUGCUGCUUGACUCUCAGGACAGAAGGAAAGGAGCCAGACAUUCCUCUUUACAAGACUUUGCAGACAGUGGGACCAUCUCAUGCCAGGACAUACACCGUAGCUGUUUACUUCAAAGGGGAAAGAAUAGGAUGUGGUAAAGGCCCAAGUAUUCAGCAAGCAGAAAUGGGAGCUGCAAUGGACGCACUUGAAAAAUAUAACUUUCCCCAGAUGGCCCAUCAGAAACGGUUCAUUGAACGGAAGUACAGACAAGAGUUGAAAGAAAUGAGGUGGGAAAGAGAGCAUCAAGAGAGGGAGCCAGAUGAGACCGAAGAAGCAAAGAAAUAAAAGGAGGGCACAGAAGCAGUGGCAUAUUUACUUACUUAAUAACUCUGACUAUGGCCUAUGGAGACCUAACCUAGUUUCUUCCAGAUGAUGAAUGAAGAGUGCCUGUUGAUAUCAAACAGGAAAUCAUAAUCUGUCAUUUAAAAGGUGUGUGUAUAUAUAUGGAAUUUCUUUAGCUUGGUUUUAAUUGCGAUUUAUUUGGCUUUUUUAAUAAGAUUUGGUUUUAAAUUCUUAUUUUUUUUAAGUUGUGGCAUUAUUUUUAUUACUUUUACUGUCUUGAAUGAAGUAAUAAAGUGUUAAUUUCAAAAGCCCAUCAGAGGAAGAACUGUUUGCCAAUUGUGUCCUAUGUCCAAAUGCUGUUUUUUCAGUGACAAGUAAAGUUACUGCAUGAAUUCUACUGUGGAGCAGAAAAGUGUUAUCAGAAACAAAUUCAGAAGAGCACUUAAGCAUGUACCUAACUUAGGUUUUGCAGCUAAAAGUACUACUUGACUCUGCUAACUUGGAGCUAUAAGCUUCAGGUCUUUUUACAAAAACUGGUUCAGUAAUUUAAGCAAAGAAGAUACUCAAUAUUUUUAUAAACAGUGGAUUCCACAUCUGGAAUGUGACAUAGGUGUGUGUGGAAUGUUGGGGGUUUUUGUCUUAAAAUCAGUAUUAUGAAACUCUAAGAAAAAGAAACAAAGGUAAUUUGGAAGCAAGAGAAUGACAGCUUUUUUAUAGAAUGUACUGAGUUUACAAAUUCCAUUUAAUUCUCAAUGUCUUCCUCUAUUUAACUAGUGUCUACUUCAAUGGAUUUCUUUGUCCAGAAGAUACCAGUGUGACGAUAAUAUUAAAAUGGUGUGUUAGAAACUCCACAGAGGUGCUGUUCCAGAUAGGUUCAUUGUUUCCAAAGACAGGCAAAAUUUGUCCCUAAGGUGCAGUUCAAAGGUGGCGGAGUUUUAAGUCACCUCAUUUCCUUUAUUUUUUGUGUCUUUGGUUUGUAUUAGACAGGCAGUGUUUCUUCUGUAAAAGCUUAAAGUGGUACCAAAAGUGCAGCAUCCACUAUGUCAGAUGAUGGCUUUACCCACUGACUAUCAGCUUCAUUGUAGGUAUUGCUGUGUUGUUCAUACUUUUAAUUUGCCCGCUUCCAGCCAUUUGUUUUAACUAAGCUGAUUUCUAGGUUAAAACAGUCCUUUAAUGCGUGCAUAUUGUGUAGUCAUUUCUCUGUCUUUCCUGUCUUUCUUUUCUUUCUGCCCAAAGAAUUCAUGCCAAGUUUUGAAAGAAAACUUUUGCUAAAUGACUUCUGCUCAAUGGCCACACUAUGCUGAGCAAUUAAUUUGGCUGUUGUCUGAAACACCUUUCUGCAGGUGUGUGAUGGGCAUCCAUGAAAGCACUUUAUUGCAGGUGCCUAAGUAGAUACAAAUGUAGCUGAAAAGUUCUGACUACUGGAAAGUCUUCCCAAAGUUUCACUUCUGAGCAAAUCAGUAUGUAUUUUCAUAAGCAAAUUUUGUACAUGUGUGAUGUAAGAUGCACUUAAAUGUGUUGUUUUGUUUCUUUUAAACUUAACCCAACAGCACUACCUCACUUCUUCCUGCUCCUAUAAUUGCCUUUUCUUAAUGGAUUGAUGCUUAAAAUCCAUUUCAGAGAAUGAGAAGAAAAAAAGCAUUCUGUAAUUUAGAGAGUGAUAAUAAGCCAUUAAAACAUAAAGAAGGGGAUAAAACAAAAAAGAUGAAGGCAAGGAGCUUCUUUCUACUGGGUACUGCUGUUCUUUGACUUUUGAGAAGAGAUUGCAAGUCCUUAUAGCUUCAGUCUGUAAAUAAAAAGCUGAAAUGCCUCAACAGCAGCAGGCUUCCAGAGCAAGCAGAAACAAUUUCCCAUCCUUCAAGGUUUUUGUGUUUCAAUUUUUUUUAAAGAAUUUCCCAUCUGCUUUUUAGCAUUAAGUUGAAAUGGUGCAUUGGUAGAGGGUUAAGGGUAAUUGUGUACACCAUUAUUUUAUUUUUCCCACUUAACUGUGACCAGAUUCAUGUGUUUAACAAGUGGAAAGUGCAGUGACUUCAUUUUCAGGUGUAUGGUUCCAUUACAAAUUUCUUCCAUCAUAUCUGCUGUGUAUAUUGGAAUUGUGGUAUUGUUAGCUCAUAGUUUAACAUUAAUUUUUCCUAUACAUCAUUUCACUUAUCAGCUGUAAGAAUACCGAGCUUCUUAAUUAAUAGGUGUAUUUUUGCUUAAAACUAGAUGAAUUUGUCAGAUACGUUAUUUUGGAAGAAGAACCCAUAAAUUGCCUGAGAACUUUUAAAACAAUUUCUGCAUUCUUAUAUUACAGUUACCGAGUUUUUUCUUUUUUUUCAUUGUAUAAGCAUGGGCUAGGAACAUUGCCUGAGGAAACUUUGUCUCAAGGGCAGGAAACAAAAAAAAGGCAAAUUCACACUUCCUUUUCUGCAUCAAAACUGCUGUGUAUGCCCAGUGGCCGUGAAUGUUUCUCAUAAUUCAAGAAGAUGCAUAGAAUGUGUAAUGUGAGCACAGUACUUUAUAACACACAAACGAGAGAAAGUUGUUUAAGUUGCCUUAUAUUUGUGCAAAAAAUCACUACUGAGCUCAUGUUAAUCAGUGGAACAGCUGUAGUCCAUAACUAGGAACUUUGGCUGCUUUUUUUGAAAUGUGAAGGUGUCUCUGGUUUCUUGAUAAAGGAAGGUAUUUUUGAUUUCUCCAGUGCCUGAUAUGCCCUUAUCGAGAGUUAGUCAUGCAAGAUCUGUUGGUGUGAUUUGAGUACCAGUAGGUGAAUGAA